AUGGCGUUAAACAUAGCUCACCAGAUCACUUCACUCGCCGGAAUACCGAUUCCGAGCGAUUUAACCGCAACGGCCACGGAUUCUUCGUCCACGGUAAGCACGUCGGCCGUGUGGAGGCCGGCCGCGGCGAGUAUUCGUUGCAAAAUAGAGAGUCCGGAGGCGAGCGGCAGCGUAACACCACCGUUGAGUCCACCGGCGACUCGGCCCGAUCUAUCGGCGGCGUUUCGGGCGAUCACAUCGGCGACGACGGAUGGGGAGGGACAGAGGACGUACAGAGAAGGAGGAGCACCGAGAGAGGGGAAGAAUGGGGGAGGAGUUCCAGUUUACGUGAUGAUGCCUCUGGACAGUGUAACGAUGGGGAACACAGUGAAUAGGAGGAAGGCGAUGAAUGUGAGCCUGCAGGCGUUGAAGAGCGCCGGGGUGGAGGGAAUUAUGAUGGACGUGUGGUGGGGAUUGGUGGAGAGGGAAGCUCCAGGGGUCUACAACUGGGGCGGAUACACGGAACUGCUGGAGAUGGCGAAGAAGCACGGUCUCAAGGUGCAGGCUGUUAUGUCGUUUCACCAGUGUGGCGGCAACGUCGGUGACUCUUGCAAUAUUCCUUUACCAAAGUGGGUUGUGGAAGAGAUGGAGAAAGAUCCGGAUCUUGCUUAUACUGAUCAGUGGGGAAGAAGGAAUUAUGAAUAUGUAUCACUUGGCUGUGAUACCCUCCCAGUUCUCAAGGGCCGGACACCUGUGCAGUGUUAUGCUGACUUCAUGCGUGCUUUCAGAGACAACUUCAAACACCUUCUCGGUGAAACCAUAGUGGAAAUCCAAGUGGGAAUGGGUCCGGCAGGGGAGCUGCGUUACCCAUCAUAUCCAGAGCAGAAUGGGACAUGGAAGUUUCCAGGCAUUGGAGCCUUCCAAUGCUACGACAAGUUUCUGCUGGCUAGCUUAAAAGCUGCGGCUGAAGCAGCUGGUAAACCAGAAUGGGGAAGCACAGGACCAACCGAUGCUGGCCACUACAACAACUGGCCAGAGGAUACCCCAUUUUUCCGAAAAGAAGGUGGUGGUUGGAAUAGCCCGUACGGCGAGUUCUUCCUCAGUUGGUAUUCCCAGAUGCUUUUAGAUCAUGGUGAGAGGAUUUUAACAUCAGCCAAAUCAAUCUUUGAGAACACUGGCAUAAAAAUCUCAGUUAAGGUUGCUGGAAUCCACUGGCAUUACGGCAGCCGUUCUCAUGCUCCUGAACUCACAGCAGGAUACUACAAUACACGAUUCCGUGAUGGUUACCUUCCUAUUGCGCAAAUGUUAGCACGGCAUGGAGCCGUAUUCAAUUUUACUUGCAUAGAGAUGCGUGAUCAUGAACAACCACAGGAUGCUCUCUGUGCACCUGAGAAGCUUGUGAGGCAAGUGGCUGUAGCUACUCAAGCAGCACAGGUUCCACUAGCUGGGGAAAACGCCCUGCCUAGGUACGACGAAUCCGCACACGAGCAGAUCUUGCAGGCAUCAUCGCUGAAUUUUGAUGGCAAUUCGGAAACAGACAGAGAGAUGUCUGCAUUCACAUACUUGAGAAUGAACCCUGAGUUGUUCCAGCCAGAUAACUGGAGAAGAUUUGUAGCAUUUGUUAAGAAGAUGAAAGAGGGGAAAGAUACCCACAAGUGUAGGGAGCAGGUUGAGCGGGAAGCUGAGCAUUUUGUUCACGUAACCCAGCCACUGGUGCAGGAGGCUGCUGUUGCUCUUACGCACUAAAAGAAUUUAGGAGGGAUCAUAAGCAUGCACGUUGCUGCAAAUUAAUAUUAUAAUCACAAUAAGGAAAGUCUCCUAGGUAUAAUAGCUCUCUUUACUACGUUGUCGGCAAGUUGGCUGCAAAAUGUACACUUACAUUUAUGGGUUUUGCCAUAGCUCUUUUUAUUACAGCUGUGGCUACAAAAAGCGCACAAAGAUUGCCAUAUAUGGUACAUAGAUAUAUAUAUAUGUAUAUGUUUUGUACUGGAAACAGUCUUUCUCCUUCCCGAGAUAAUAAGAUAAGUAAUACAUUUGGAUCA